GCUUCGAGGCCUAUUGGAGGAUUUCUGUCAUAAGGAAGAUCAGUAGGGAACUAUGAUGGACAGAUGUCUGCACUGCACCGAGCACUGAGACGAAAACAGGACCUUUUGCAAAAACUGAAGGAGCAGUAUAUGUUAGAGGAUCACAGCAGACCUCACACCUGGGGAGGGACACACAGAUACUAUCCACAGCCACCACCACGUUUGUCUCCCAUGGGACCCAUCCACGUCCAUCAGCCAGGCUCUGCUUUGCCCACUGUACCCCCUCCUCCUCCUCAAGUCCAGGACCUGCCUCGUCCGCCGCACAUCAUUCAACAGACUCUCCCACAGCAGCCAGCUACUAUCAUACAGCAGCUGCCUCAACAGCAGCCUCUGAUUACCCAGAUCUCCCCCCCUCUGCCAUAUCCUACAUCCCGCCCUGGUAGCAUCAAAGAGGAUAUGGUGGAAUUGAUGCUGAUGCAAAACGCCCAAAUGCACCAGAUCAUUAUGCACAAUAUGAUGCUGAAAGCCAUGCCCCCGAUGGCUCUAUCACCACCUGGGGGGUCCUACCCUUCUUACCUUGGGCAGGAUGCUUAUCAUGGAAAUCCAGUGUUUGUAAGGCCAGAUGUAAAGCCAAGGGGAAGUUCUGUCCAUCACCAUCAUCACUAUGGCUCUUCGCCUGCAGCACCACAGCUGCCUCCUCUCACUUACCCUGUGUGGGCACCAGGGAUUACAUCUUUCCCAGAUGGGCACUCAGGGGGACAACUACCCACUAUGCACCACGUAACAGUACCCAUAACACUCCCACCACUCAAUGCCAAGGUUAAUCAUUUGUAGAUUAUGUUUAUGUAGUUUCCAAUACAAAAUGUACAAAAUGAUGACAUAUUAACACAUUUCUGUGUGUGUUUCAGGGCUCAGAUUUUUCUCUCAGAGUUCCAGCCACACCACACUAGUAAAACAUCAUGAAUAAACAUC